AGCAGCAGCAGCAGUCUGGGUUGCUCCUUCUCCGGCGGCGGCAGGCGGAGGGGGCACCGCGGAGAGCGGCCGGGCAGCAGCAGCAGCAGCAGGAGGCGGCCGGAGCCGCGCCGGGGAGGAAGCAGGGAGGCGGCUGCGGCGGCCCCGAGGAUGCUGUGAGCGGCCAAGGUCAGGACCUUGCGCCCAGGAUCCGCGGCGGGGAGCAGGGGAGCGCGGAAGCCGCCCGCCGGGGAGAUCUGCCAGGGCCGCCCGGUCCAUGCUGGGGAAGGCGCCCGCCCGAGCGCCGCCGCCGCCGCCGCCGCCCUCGGGAGUUAUGCCUGUUCCAGACCAGCCAUCGUCUUUGGACAAGACAAGUUCUCUUAGCCCCAUGUUGAACACAUCCAGUGGAGAUGGAUCUGAAACAGAGACCACAUCUGCCAUUCUGGCAUCAGUCAAAGAACAGGAGUUACAGUUUGAAAGGCUUACCCGAGAACUUGAGGCUGAACGCCAAAUCGUAGCCAGCCAGCUGGAGAGAUGUAAACUUGGAUCAGAGACUGGAAGCAUGAACAGCAUUAGUUCAACUGAAGAGCAGUUUCACUGGCAAACACAAGAUGGCCAGAAGGACAUAGAAGAUGAGCUUACGACGGGUCUUGAACUGGUGGAUUCUUGUAUUAGAUCCCUGCAAGAGUCAGGCAUACUUGAUCCACAGGACUAUUCAACUAGCGAAAGGCCUAGCCUUCUCUCUCAGAGUGCUCUUCAGCUCAAUUCCAAACCAGAAGGGUCUUUCCAGUACUCAUCUAGCUACCAUAGCAACCAGACUCUUGCUCUUGGUGAAACAUCAACAUCACAGCUCCCAUCCCGAAGCAAUCAAUCCAGAUCAGCUAUACAGAACUAUAGUCAGGGCAGCGCCGCUCGGGGGGCCGCCGUGUCCUCGUCGUCGUCGUCGUCGGAGGCUGCCGCGGCCGCGGGGCGGGAGCCGUUCGCGCCCAGCCAUGGCAGCGCCUUCCACCUGCCGGACGCCUCGCCGCCCUCGCAGGCCGUCUACUACGCGAGCGCCACGCUGCCGGCGCCCCGGGGGGGCUCGCCCCUCUCCGUGCAGCCGCCGCCGCCGCCGCCGCCGCAGACCGGCUCGCCCACCCAGCUCCAGCGCGCCGCCUGCGAGGCCGCCUACGGGGCCGCGCGCGGGUCCUCGUCGUCGCCCAAACAGCAGCCGCAGUCGCCGUCGGGGGCGCGCCUGGCCAAGUCCUACAGCACCAGCUCGCCCAUCAACAUCGUGGUGUCGGCCUCUUCCGCCGGCCUGGCGCCCGCCGCCGCCUCCUCGCCCCUCCGCCUGGCCUCGCCGCCGCCGCCCGCCGCCGCCUCGCCCCUCCACCAGCAGCUCAGCGCCGCCGCCGCCGCCUACGCCACCCUCUCGCCCGCCAAGCGCCUGGCCAAGCACCCCCACCACGCCGCCCACGAGCUCUACGCCAGCGCCACCCUGCAGCGCCCCGCCAGCCUCGCCGCUGCAGCUGGAUCCCGGGCUUCUUACACCAGCCAGCACAGCCACCUGGGCUCUGAGCUGAGGGCGCUGCAGUCCCCUGAGCACCACAUCGAUCCUAUUUAUGAAGACAGAGUCUAUCAGAAGCCCCCUAUGAGGAGUCUCAGCCAGAGUCAGGGGGAUCCUCUUCAACCAGCACAUACAGGCACCUACCGUACUAGCACAGACCUGGUGAACCAUUUCUGUGAACAGGUCCUCAAUUUUUUACUUUGUCCCUACUUUCCUGUCGUAGCCCCAUCUUCCCCUGGUGUCGACUCCGUACCCUUACAGCGCACAGGCAGUCAGCACGGCACACAGAACGCAACUGCGACCUUCCAGAGGGCCAGCUAUGCAGCAGGCCCAGCCUCCAAUUACGCAGACCCCUACCGACAGCUGCAGUAUUGUCCUUCUGUUGAAUCACCAUACAGCAAAUCUGGGCCAGCCAUCCCACCUGAGGGAACCUUGGCUAGGUCACCUUCCAUUGAUAGCAUUCAGAAAGAUCCAAGAGAGUUUGGAUGGAGAGAUCCAGAACUUCCAGAGGUCAUACAGAUGUUACAGCAUCAGUUCCCCUCAGUGCAGUCCAAUGCUGCUGCCUACUUACAGCAUCUUUGUUUUGGAGACAAUAAAAUAAAAGCUGAGAUAAGAAGACAAGGAGGAAUACAAUUAUUGGUGGACCUCUUGGACCAUCGAAUGACAGAAGUCCACCGUAGUGCCUGUGGAGCUUUGAGAAACUUGGUCUAUGGGAAAGCAAAUGAUGACAACAAAAUUGCUUUGAAAAACUGUGGGGGGAUUCCAGCACUAGUACGGUUACUCCGCAAGACUACAGAUUUGGAAAUCAGAGAACUAGUCACAGGUGUUCUCUGGAAUCUGUCCUCUUGCGAUGCAUUAAAGAUGCCAAUUAUCCAAGAUGCUCUUGCAGUGUUGACCAAUGCAGUGAUCAUUCCUCAUUCAGGAUGGGAGAACUCCCCUCUCCAGGAUGACCACAAAAUUCAGCUUCAUUCGUCACAGGUGCUGCGCAACGCCACUGGGUGCCUAAGAAAUGUUAGCUCUGCUGGAGAAGAAGCCCGCAGAAGAAUGCGAGAGUGUGAUGGGCUCACUGAUGCUUUGCUCUACGUGAUCCAGUCUGCUCUAGGAAGCAGUGAAAUUGACAGCAAGUCCCAUCCUAAGCUGAGCUACACCUUUCUAAGCCUGUUGAAGUCAGUGGACCUAGAAGGCGGUAAUUCUGCACAGGAUUGUGCUACCGUUGAAAACUGUGUGUGCAUUUUAAGGAAUCUCUCAUACCGACUCGCUGCAGAAACAUCUCAGGGACAGCAAACGGGGACUGAUGAGCUUGAUGGUUUACUUUGUGGUGAUGCCAAUGGAAAAGACAUGGAAAGUUCUGGAUGCUGGGGCAAGAAGAAAAAGAAGAAGAAAUCUCAAGAUCAGUGGGAUGGAGCAGGGCCUCUCCCGGACUGUGCAGAACCACCCAAAGGAAUCCAGAUGCUGUGGCACCCAUCCAUUGUCAAACCCUACCUCACACUUCUUUCCGAGUGCUCAAAUCCUGAUACCUUGGAAGGGGCAGCAGGUGCUCUGCAGAAUCUAGCUGCAGGUAGCUGGAAGUGGUCCAUAUAUAUUCGUGCUGCCGUCCGGAAAGAAAAAGGCCUGCCAAUCCUGGUGGAGCUGCUUCGAAUAGACAAUGACCGGGUAGUCUGCGCGGUUGCAACAGCUUUACGGAAUAUGGCCUUAGAUAUUCGAAAUAAAGAGCUAAUAGGCAAAUAUGCCAUGCGGGACCUGGUUCACCGACUUCCCGGAGGUAACAACAGUAACAGUUCAACAAGCAAGACCAUGUCCGAUGACACUGUUACUGCUGUUUGUUGCACCUUGCAUGAAGUCAUCACAAAAAACAUGGAGAAUGCCAAGGCCUUACGGGAUGCAGGAGGAAUUGAGAAGCUUGUUGGCAUUUCCAAGAGUAAAGGAGACAAGCACUCACCAAAAGUAGUGAAGGCAGCAUCUCAGGUCUUAAAUAGCAUGUGGCAGUACAGGGACCUGAGAAGUCUCUACAAGAAGCGGGCAGCCCCAGACUUCAGAGUGGCUGAGGACAGAGGAUUUUCACCUACCCAUCAUUCUGAGUCAUGGCACACUCAGCAAACCCUCUCCCAGAACCAAGAAACCAGAAUCUAUUCCCCAACCCAGGAUGGAUGGUCACAAUAUCACUUCAUAGCCUCAUCUUCAACAAUAGAGAGGGAUCGGCAAAGACCAUACUCUUCGUCACGCACGCCCUCCAUAUCUCCAGUUCGCAUGUCUCCCAAUAAUCGUUCAGCAAGUGCCCCAGCCUCACCUCGAGAAAUGAUUAGCUUAAAAGAAAGAAAAACAGACUACGAAUCAACUGGAACCAAUGCUACUUACAAUGGAAAUAAAGGAGAACACACUUCUAGGAAAGACACAAUGGCAGCUCAAAAUGCAGCAAUCUCUACUUUGUAUAGAAAUUCUUAUGGUGCACCUGCUGAAGAUAUUAAACACAACCAGGUAAGCCAUCAGAAUUCAGAUCCUGAAGUCAAUCUCUGCUGAUGAAGGCGAUUUCUUCUGCACAAAAUGGGAUUUUCGCCUCCACCCCCACCCUGCUACAGCAAAAAAAUAACAACCCUCAAACGCUGGUCCUGGGAGAGUGGGAGAGUGGGCACGUCGCCAAGAAUGGUACGAGGGACUGUGUGGUUCUCAAGGUGUCAGUUCAUGUUACUAUUUCCUCAUAUUUACUAGCAUCCCACAAAAAUACUGGCUGAUGUUUUAACAUUUCUGAAUGAAAAGAGGGACAGAUAGUUGUUUUCUGUGACUUAUCCUUGUGACUUCAUGUGGGAGUGGCUCCAUGGGAGAGAAUCUGCUUGGCAGACAGGAAGCCCCGGGCUCCAUUCCUAACUAAAAAGGCUAAAAAAAGAUCAGUUGAUAUGGAAAGGUGACAGGAGACUAUCGUGAAUGGCAGAGAAUAAAUCUAAAUAAUAAUAAUAAUAAUAACAACAACAACAACAACAACAACAAAUAAAUAUGAAAGACAUCUACUUGAUAUCUCAGAGAGUCGCUGCCAGUCAAUGGGCAGAUUCAGAAUGAGCCAGUAUCAUAAGCCUGUGUGACAU